AUGCCGUGGCGCCGGGCCGCGCCGCUGCUGCCACUGCUGCUGCUGCUGCCACUGCUGCUGGCCGCCUCGCUGCCCGUGCACAAGUACAGCACGCGCGUCGUGCGCACCAAGUACGGGCCCCUGCGCGGCGUGGUGCUGCUGCAGCGGCCCGUCGAGGCCUUCCUGGGCGUGCCCUACGCCACGCCGCCGCUGGGCUCGCUGCGCUACAUGCCGCCCGUCACGCCGUCCACCUGGCGCGGGCCGCGCCUCGCCGACGCCUUCAGCGCGGUCUGCCCGCAGCGCGCGCCGCAUAUCGCCAACCGCACCGAGGCCCUGCUCGAGUUCCCCCGCGGCCGCCUGCGCCACCUGGAGCGCCUGCUGCCGCUGCUGGCCAACCAGAGCGAGGACUGCCUCUACCUCAACGUGUACGUGCCGCGCGCCGGAGGAGCGCCCGAGAAGCAGGGCCCCCUCCCUGUGAUCGUGUUCGUGCACGGGGAGUCCUACGACUGGAACUCUGGCAACCCCUACGACGGCAGCGUGCUCGCGAGCCAGGGCCGCGUCAUCGUCGUCACCAUCAACUUCCGGCUGGGGAUCCUGGGCUUCCUGAAGACGGGCGCGAAGGGCAGCGCGCAGGGCAACUUCGGCCUCAUGGACCUGGUGGCGGGCCUGCACUGGCUGCGGGAGAACCUCCCGGCCUUCGACGGCGACCCAGACCGCGUCACGCUGGUGGGUCACGGCACGGGCGCGGCGCUCGUCAACAUCCUCGCCGUGUCUCCCGUCGCCAAGGAGCUGCUGCACCGCGCCGUGCUGCUGAGCGGCUCAGCGCUGAGUCCCUGGGCGCUGCAGAGGGACCCGCUGGCCGUGAAGAGGCGCGUGGCCGAGCAGACGGGCUGCCACGGAGACCUGCUGGAGGACGACCUGGCGCCCUGCCUGCGCGCCAAGCCCCUCGCCGAGCUGCUCGCAGUAAGGGUGGACCCGCCGCGCUUCCUGCCGGGAUUCGCGCCCUUCGUGGACGGCACGGUGCUGCCCGAGGCUGCGGCCCGCCCCCGGCCCGCCGCCCCCGACCCGGGCCUGCCGCCCCCCGGGGCGCCGCCUCCUAGCCCCCUGCCCACCCUCGCGGACUUCCCGCGGCGCGACCUCCUGAUGUCGCUGACCUCCGUGGAGGCCUACCUUGACCUCAGCGCCCAGGACCUGGAGUUCGGCCUCAACGACAGCCGCCGGGACCGGGUGCUGCGCACCUUCGUGCGCAACGCCUAUCGCUUCCACCUGAACGAGAUCUUCUCGACGCUGCGCAACGAGUACACGGACUGGGAGCGGCCCUUGAGGAACCCGCUGGGACUGCGGGACUCCACUCUGGAGGUGCUGGGCGACGGCCACACGGCGGCGCCGCUGGUGCGCGUGGGCUACCUGCACGCGGCGCAGGGCGGCCGCACCUUCUUCCUGCACUUCCAGCGGCUCGCGGCGUCGCCGGAGAGCGACUACCCCCAGAGGACGGGCAGCGUGCGAGGGGAAGACGUGCCUUACGUACUGGGCCUGCCACUAGUCGGCGGCCAACCCUUCUUCCCUCACAACUACAGCCGCCAGGACGCGGCCGUAUCGCGCCUGCUCAUGCAGUACCUCGCCAACUUCGCCAGGACCGGGGACCCGAACAGCGAGCCGCGGGGCAGACGCACCGAGCAGCAGUCCAGGGACGACGAGGAGGAGGCAGGGGGCGAAGUCCCUCCGUUCUGGGACACGUACGACACCAUCAACCAGCUCUACCUCGAGAUGGGGGACAGCGCGCAGAUGCGCAGCCACUACCGCGGCCACAAGAUGUCGCUGUGGCUGAACCUCAUCCCGCAGCUGCACCGGCCGGGCGGGGACGACCUCAGCAUGCGGCACCACCACUUCAUGGAGGAGGGUGCGCAGUUCUACGAAGGUCCGGUGCGGCCGCAGACGCUGCAGCGGCCGGCGCCCACCCCCGCGCCGCCCCCGGCCGCCCCCAGACCCUCGCCGGCGGCGGCGAGCAGCAGCAGCUCGCGGCCCUCGACGCCCGGCGACGACGGGUCCAGCACGACCGAGUGUCCACCCAACGCCACGUCGCGGCCUCCCUCCAACAACAGCCACAACCUGCUGCGGCGGCUCGCGUCCAGCCACUACCAGAGCUACACCACGGCGCUCAGCGUCACCAUCGCCGUGGGCUGCUUCCUGCUGCUGCUCAACGUGCUCAUCUUCGCCGGCAUCUACCGCCAGCGCGACCGCGCCGCCUCCGCGGGCCACUUCGGCGACAAGAAGAAGGAGGAGCUGGCGGAGGCGGGCAGCUGCAGCAGCAGCUCCGGGGAGGCGCACUGCCUCGAGGCCAAGCUGCAGCAGCCGCCCCCGGGGGCGGGGCUGCCCCUGCGCGACCUCAAGUGCUCGCCGCAGGCGGGGCGACCCGCGCCGCCCCCCGGAUACCCGGACCCGCCGCCGCCCAAGUGCGCCGGCAACCAGGCGGGCGCCGGCAUCCUCAGGCAGCAGGGCUGCCCCCAGACGCCGGCCGCCGCCAAGAAGCGCGUGCAGAUACAGGAGAUAUCCGUCUGAUGGCGACCACUCUCUGUCUUCUCUCCGCCGAGGCCCGCCCCGCCAAGCCUGCGUCAACCACUCACUCCACUCCAAUUUUACAUUUGAUACACGUCCCUGAACCUAUUGAGGGAGUUCUAUAUACCUAUACUAGUCUUACGGUACAAUCUCACUUGACAUUAUUUUUUUUAAGGAGCGAAUUAAUUACAUAUUGAUUUUAAAAAUAUUUUUUGAUGAUAAAGAUACUACAAAAACUUCGAAUAUAUAUAAGUUACUGUAUAGAAGUCGCGAGUGGAUAGGAUUUACUCUACGUUUUUCAGAAGCGUAUGAUGGGCAGCUUGGGAACUUCACUGCUGCAGUGCGCUGAUGUAACGCCCUGUAUCGUCUUAGAUUGUUAUUUACAAGUUAGAGCGCAGCACUGUCGCCUGCUGUCAUUUCCCCCCCCCCCAAUCCAAACAUUCACUACAGCUCAAGGUCGUUCAACGGGAGUUUGUGCUUAGGGAUGAGAAGUGGGGUAGAGGGUGGGUGGAGGACAACGCAUGUUUGAGGGAGGGUGCGGAAGGGGUGUUUGAAGAGUUCGACACUUGUCCGCUAUGGACCACCACAAGUCGAUGCCCUAGAGAUGGUGGCGAUUGCGGCGGUGAAUUAACCAACUAUCUCAAACCGUAUUAGAAAUUUUAACCUGGGCUGGCGACUUCUAUACAGUAUAUAUAUUCAAAGACAAAAAUCACGAUUUGUUCAUCACUCACCUACAAGCACGUGCAAAAAUAACUUGGAGUGAAUUUCCACAUGAAGUUAUCACUGAAACAAGCAGCAUUUAGUUACGAUUACAAGCCUGACAUUUCACAAAAUUUUUGAUAACGUGAUAACGUGUAACCCAUAUGUAUACUUAACGUAAGGCACAGUUUUUGUUUUCUGUGAGUAAAUACUUUAAAAUUUUUAACAUGUACAUUAACAUCUUUAACAACGUAAAUUGGAGGAUGAGGCCAAGAAUAAACUACACGGAAUAUUUCUGACGGUAGACUCGUGCCCACGAACCUUUGGCGUUAUCGGAAAUGCAAUCGUUAAAUUUGAUCUCGUUUUAAAAAGACAGCGGAGCUUUGGCUUGGCGGGGCGAGUUUUCGACGGGAAUCUUCGCUGUCGCAUCCGAGUGACAAGUGUCGCAGGCUCUGGGACAUGUCCUGUCGCGAGUGUCCUCCCGGUGUCCUGCGGCAGGACCUCAGGACUCGCUGUUCGACGAGAAGGCACGGAGGCGCAGGCACCAGUGUCUCCUCAGACGCACGGCGCGCAGUUGUGAGUGGCUGCGCUUCAAGGACACCCCGCCCAACAGACGGACAGGACGCGGGAAGGAAACAAAUAAUUAAAUAAAGCGAUUCUUUACUCGAGUCUUGAGUGUUCUCUGUACUUACUAUCUCUGUCAUAUCCUCGGGAAAAAAAAAGUGAAAGCUUUACAAUCUUUUAAAGGAGGGAGCCGUUAUGGUGGAAGAGACCUGAUUACGUACCUGGUGCUUACACGUCUGCCCGUUACAAAAUUUACUCGUCGGUAUUUCAAGCAACACCAGAACACGUCCUGUGAAUUUUUUAAAAAUAUUUGUAUAUUUAAUGAUAAUUUUCCGUAAGGGUACAACCUUAAUUUCUUUAAAAAUAAUGGUUAAAAUUAUAAAUGCAUCGGUUUUUUUUGUACCAAGCGCUGGUUCCCACCCACGAAAGAAUUCAAAACAUUUAUUUUUACAACAAAAGUCAAUUAAAAAAAUUGUCAAUGCAUCUGCUUUGUUAACUAUCUGUGGUGUUUAUUAAAUGACUAUUUCGGUAAUAAUGUAGGGUGGAUUUUUGUUUAUCUAAUGAAACAAAUUUUGGAAAGUUUGAAUCUUAAAAAGGUUAUUUCAAAAUAACUUUUUUUACACCUAACCUAAUUUUUCACCUAACAUCAUGCUAGAGAUGCUGCAUCUAAUCACCCGUUUAAAAAUAAAUGAAACUUCUCAAAAUGAAAAGAAAAAAAUGUUAUUGACAUUAACUAGAGAAAAACACUCGAAUUCAAAAUUUGAGACAAUGUUAAUAAGUACUAAAUUUUUAAGCUAAUAAAUUAUUUAGCUUUUUGAUUAUAAAAGUUGGAGGGCUUUCUUAUCAAAGUAACAUAAAUAUGUUAUAUAAUUAUGAAUUCUAAUAAUUACAUUUUUUACAAUACGUAAAACCAGUUUAAAAUACUAUUAUUUUUUAAUAAUACCACGCGCAAGCAUUAAAACUAUAGCUCUAAUAAUUCAGUUGGUAAGGACAACUUAUACGAUUUUUUUGCUUCCUAUAGACAUAAAAUCAGUUUGCGCAUGCGAAGUGGUCUUUUCCAACAAAACGUGUUUCCUCCUUACGAAAAUUAUUGAAGUGUACCUACGUGAUUGUUUGUUUUUCUGUAUUUUCCUCUAAAUGUUGUAUCAAAUGCUGACUUUUAACAGGAUACUGAUUUCCUGAAAGACUAAACUGAGUUACUGACUGUGGAUAACUUUGUGGAACAGAAGGCCUACGUGGAGAUAGUGCGCGGGGCAAAACUCACCACGGAAACUGACUCAGUUGUGACAUGCAGCGAGCAACUUCCAACCACACCAAUGUCCAGUGUCGCUGACUGUUGUUGAAAGAGGCCGCCAGGCGCGCUGCGAGAAGCAAUGUACGAGGGUGAUAUGGAAUUGAUAUUUGACAUUAUAGUCGUCCAUCCGUAACGGGCAGUACCUUUCUUAAACGUAUGCAGAAUAUAUUUCUGUUUGUUCUACUUA